AUGGCGUAGCAAUGCAACUGUUAAAAGUGUUCUUGUGUGUCACUCUUGGCUGAAUCUUUUGCCUUUUCACGUCCGCCAUACCUUAGUAUCUCAUUUUCUGUGCUGUAUAUUUUUCAUAGUCUCUGCAUGUCUACCAGAUGACCAUAACUGUAAGUUUGACGACAUCAAUCAUCUCUUGCCAUGCAGCCAGGACCUUGAACUUGAGAACCUGAAGUCCGAAUUGUUCUGUUGGUUCGGAACAUGGACCAAGGAGUUGGAAGAGCUCAAAGAGACAGCAGAGCUACAGGAAAGGCUCCUGGGACAACUUGACAUCAACAACACCAUGCAUUUGCGCAUGUUAUAUGGCUUCAAAGAGAAAUAUGCAGUUCAAUCUUUCCUGGGAAAAGGACUUCACGGCCGAGUCUUGCAGGGUCACAGGAGGUCAGAUCGCUUGCCAGUGGCCGUAAAAGUCAUUGUGGACAGUAAAUAUCGCAUAUGCCUGCCCAAUGAGAUGAAGUCUGUUCCCUGGGAAGUAGGCAUCAUGGCAUACCUCUGCAAACCUCCCACCUGUCCAUCCAUUAUUCAACUCCUUGACUGGUACGAGAUGGAGAAAUUGCUCAUUCUUGUGCUGGAGAUGCCCGCUCCUUGCCUGGACCUGGAAAAACUGAUAAAGUUGAAUGGUAUUCUUACGGAACCAACAGCUAAGCAUCUUUUCAGGCAGCUUGCCCAGGCCCUGCACCACUGCGAAUCCAGAGGAGUUUUUCAUCGAGACGUAAAGCCUGACAACAUCCUAGUGCAGUUUGGCACCGAGACUCUUAAGCUCAUUGACUUUGGCUGCAGCAUUCUGCAUAAGGGGAACUCCUACAUCAAGUUUGAUGGUAUGCUGCCGUUUGCGCCUCCGGAGCUGAUUUCUGAGAAGAGAUACCAGGCCUCUUCAUACACGGUCUGGUGUUACGGCUGCACUCUCUAUUACUGCCUGAGCAGACGGCUGGCUCCUGGAGUUAGUGGGGAUAAUCUCAACGGCAAACUACAUCUUGCUACUCGGUUUUCCAAAGAACUGGAAGAUUUUCUAUGCCAGUGCUUAUCUCUUUCACCUGAGAAGAGGCCCACUCUGAAGGAGAUCCUCCGACACCCCUGGUUGCUCCGCAGUUAAGCAUUCAAAACACAAAUAAAUGGAAAGCCUGUGAUUCCAAACGCCAGAACAGCCAGUGCAGGGGCUCUGAGGCCUAGUGAGCCAGGUUGGCAGAAUGGCAUGGAGCCGAUGAAAUGGAUGUUGAUGUUGAAGUGAAGCUCUGAUCACGAUGAACGGUGAAACGGUAGACUAGAUGAAGAGCCUUGUAAUCUGGAGGGGGAACUUUGAACACGAAGGAUUCACACAUGGCAUUUCUACAGGAGAAUCUAACAACAGCCGCCAUCAAAACAAGAGACAAGCUUGUCGAGUGAUGGUCCAGAAAGAGCAACUUUUCAACAGGACAACGUGCUCUUUUGUUUGAACUGCACAGAAAUCCUGCACCGGUUUCAAACAGUGAACAGGAUUAGAAGAUGUAGUCAAACACAUGAGAUAUGGCUAAGAUGGGAGUGAGGAAUCAAACAUCCAGUGUUUUAGAAGGAAUCAAAUCUACCUAGAUAUUUCUAAACCUUCCAAAGACUCCAAAUAGUU